ACCGCUUGGCAGAGUGACUGUGUUUGAGAGAGGUUGAGAAAUCUGUUGUGGUGACAGAGGAAGAGAGAGCAAAAUGAGAGAGAGAUAAGCACGCAAGAGAAAGCCAUAAUGUGGGGAGGAUCUACUCAUUUGUAACAAACCUACAGACCUCAAAAGCACACUGUAACUUUGUAUGGAAGGAGGAGUGGAGUUGGAAGCAUUUUUUUGGAGGUCAUGGAAACCACACCUUUCCCUACACCUUCCCCUGCACCUGAUGAGUGUAAGAAUUUAACUUCUAACUCCUCCAACAUUGGUGAACCACAGAUGGUGAUUCUGGGUGCACUCAUGUCCAUUCUUGUUCUGGUCAUCGUCUUCGGCAAUGUAUUGGUGAUUACAGCCAUUGGCCGCUUCCAACGACUUCAGACCGUCACAAACUGCUUCAUUACGUCACUUGCGUGUGCAGACCUGGUCAUGGGAUUGGUGGUGGUGCCUUUCGGUGCCAUUUUCAUCAUCCUUGACACAUGGCACUUUGGCAAAUUCUGGUGUAAUUUCUGGACGGCCACCGAUGUUCUGUGCGUCACAGCCAGUAUCGAGACACUCUGUGUCAUCGCUUUGGAUCGCUACCUCGCCAUAACAUCGCCCUUCCACUACCAGUCCUUACUGACCAAGGGCAGAGCUCGCAUCACUGUGCUGCUGGUGUGGGUCAUUGCUGGGCUCAUUUCCUUCCUACCCAUCUAUAUGGGUUGGUGGAUUUCCGAUAGUAAUGUUGCAAAGUGCUGCUUGAAGAAUGUUACCUGCUGUGACUUCAACACCAAUCGCACUUAUGCCAUCAUCUCAUCCAUAAUCUCUUUCUACAUCCCCCUGGUCAUCAUGAUUUUCGUCUACAGCCGCGUCUUCCAGGAGGCAAGGAAGCAGCUGAAGAAGAUAGACAAAAGUGAGGGACGAUUUCAUGCUCAGAACAACGGCAAAAAGCAAGAGGCGGCAACCAUCCACUGUGAGGCAAGGACUGCCAAGAAACCCAAGUUCUGCUUGAAGGAACAUAAAGCUUUGAAGACUUUGGGCAUCAUUAUGGGUAUAUUCACGCUGUGUUGGCUCCCAUUCUUUGUAUUACAUGUGGUCACAGCAAUAUAUGGCAAAGAACUGAACAAUAUUGCAUUCAAAAUCUUAAACUGGAUAGGUUACGCUAACUCAGCCUUUAACCCACUGAUAUACUGUAGAAGUCCAGAAUUUAGGUACGCUUUCAAGGAGAUCCUAUGCCUCAACAGGUCACACUACCCUAACAUUAGGCCAGUCAAUGGAUAUGCAUAUAGUGGGCACAGCUGGCAAAGUGAGCACCGAGGGCGAAGCAAAGGCAGCUCAGAAGACAGUGACCCAGCUGAGGGCAACUCUGAGAAAGAGGGAUGCAUGUCAGCAGAUAAAACAGACCCUAAUGGGAACUGCAGUAAAAACAUAAUGUGUUGUAAAUCACCUUGCGAGUCCUGACUCGUUCCACUGUGACCUCUGAAUGUGUCACAUAAGGACAGGUUAUGCCUCAUCUGGUAAGUGGCCAACGGUGGGGGUGUGUUGGAAAAAGGGACAUUUUUAAAUGUUUGUAUUCCUCAUCUACCUCAUUGCUUUCUCUUCUAGAUUCACUUGCUCUAUCGGUUCAUUUCACCAUGACCUCGCUCAAAAAACUAUUUGUGCCUUUAAAAAGUAGUUUUUGCUAAAGAAAAUGGCAUACUAAAGGCUAAAAAAGCUUAUAAAUUCAGUGUUAAAUGAAAAGAAAUGCUUGCAGAUAUUGUACUUCUUUGAUAGCAAAAAGACACUUUGAAGUGGUUGUUCACUAAAGUGACAUUUUUUCUAAAAGAGUGAUAUUUUUGCUUAAACUGAGGAACAGAGUUGCAGUUUUAAAGAGUGAUUUGCUUUCAUUAGAUUAACAGAGUAACUUCUGAAAUAUUAUUACUGUAACUUAGCUAAAAUUGGAUGCUUAAAUAUUACAUCAUUCAGUUAUUCAGGCUCACAUACUGUAUGCACAAAAGACAAGCAUUACUUCACAUAAAGUAUAAGGUUCAAUCUUGUAAAACAGGCCAUUUCUGACGAUACAGAAACAAAUUACACCACAUAAAAAUUCUUACACCUGCCACAGCCCUGUUUUAGAGUACAUCUAAAAAUGUCUCUGUUAAAACUGACCCAAUUGGUGAGUCAGCACAGAAACAACGCCUCUUACCACAAUGAAAGAGGAAGAGAAACCAUAUGUUCAUACCAGCUUGUUUAAGGAAAUUGCUUAAUUAUAAAGUUCAGUCUUUUAGUCAUGUGAUUUUUUAAGCUGAGUAACCUUAGAUAGAAGUCCACAAAUAUAAACCAUUUUAUGCUAAUGCACAAUGUCACAUUUUCACAGUAUAAACAAAAAUCUGUAUCUCUUGCUUAAAACAUGUUCGAUAUCAGAACUUCUGUGGGGGCCCGUUUUGAUCUGCAUUAUGUCAUUUCGGGUCCCUCAGCAGGCACAGUCCUGAAUGCUGCCAAAUCCUCAAUUAUUCACCCUAGGACUAUUCUUAACAUUUUCCAGUAAAAUAAGCAACAAGUCUCAACAAAUGAGCAACACAAGUUCAACAAGCCUCCGUGUAAAUCCUUGAGUUUCAGUGUUUAUCAAAGUCAUUAUGUGAUUCCCUCUCAAAAAAAUAAAUAAAUAAACAUUAUCUAGAAAGAUAAAUAAAUUAGGAGGCAUCGAGUUUCCUGUCAGGCUCAGCUAAUGCAUGCAGUGCAAAACACGCAGCAGUUUCCCUGUUCCUCACUCACUCACACACUCAUACAGUAUUUCUGACCCAGGCGUUUAAUCUAAUGUUCCAUGUAUAUCAUAAACUGCAUAAGUGGUAAACCGUUUCAAUGCUUUUCAGUGUCGGUGAACUAUUAAUUUAGGGCAAGUGUCUCUCUGUUACUGUGCAGCCUGUUUAUGCUGUCGAAAACUGUGAACUUUGCUCUUUAGGAAAUCUCUUCAUAUCAGUUGUGGAUUUUGUUGUCUUGAUCAAUUUUAUGUGCAAAGCAAAACACUUUGAGGAUUUCAAACAUUUCUACAUGUUUACUUUUCAUGGAUAAAAUGUAGAGAUAAAAUAUUUCUGUUUCAAUUAAGCAUUACAUCAAAGUGCAGUUUAAAACCAGCUUCCUAAAGGGCGCACUGUAAAUCUGUCCAAGAUUUUACAUUGGAAUCAUAAGUCAAACAAUGUCAAUAUAUACAGAUUUAAAUAAUGCUGUGUCGCUGUAAACACGGGACUAUUAAGCAACAGCGUGCAGGUCCUUUUUCAGUAAGUGAAAGUGGAUGUGACACUGCACCCUUCUGGGAAGGAUUUUCUCUGCAUGUAGAUCACAGUAACCUCUCGUGUGAAACUCUGACCUGUACCUCCUUGUGCUAAAUGAAAUAUUUGUGCAAUCUUUGCUUUGAUUGUGGUAAUGUGAUUUACUGUUGUGUUAAAAUUUUAUAAUAAUAUUGCCUUCUCUGUGGACACGCUUAACCUUUUGAGUAAAGUGUUUACAUUCAUAAAUGUCUUUCAGUUAGACUUAGGUCACAGAUUAUUUGCAUGCAAAUUGCCAUGGAUUGCACUUUCAUGUUAGUGAUUAAGCAAUGCUGUGGAGUUAAUCAUGCUAUAGACAUCAUAUUGAUGCCACCUUCAACAUUAAUGUGCACUAAGUAUUUUUUCAAUAUUAAGUUUAACGAAUACAUAAAAAUUUGUAGAGUCUAAUCACUUCAUUGCAUUCCAUCAUCUGUGUCUGUACAGCUGAAAAGGGAACAAGACAUUUCAUAGGCCCCUUUUGGCAUUAAAAUGUUCUGCUUCACAGUUUGAAACAGACAUUUUGUAAAUUGCCUGGAAGGAGAUUAAUUGUCACAUUUGUAAGUACAGACACAGUGUGGGCAGCCUCUUACUGAUGCAUGAAGAUGUGACUAAAAAUGGCCUGAAUAUUGCUUUAAUGAUAUAAGAGUAGAUUUCAAAUUCAUAAUGCAAAUGAAAAAGUUCAAUGAAAGCUUCCCACUCAACAACCUUUUUAGAAACUCUUAAUUCAUGGCAUGUGUACUGUAUAUAAUGUUGUUCCAGUAUGAUGUUUACUUACAUUUCUUUGAGCUACUUUCGCACAAGAUUGAUCACUGUUUUGUUGAACUACAGUGAAGUACGUUCAACAAUAUUUGUCUAUAGUGUUAUUUAUGAAAUACAAGUGUCAUGCCAUUCGUAUUCUGUAAUUAAAUGAUGUAUUUAAUGUA